GUUGGUAUGAGUACUUUAACAGCUCUUCAGCUCUUUGUUUGUGUGCAGCCGUGUUGGACAGAGUGCGGGAGGUCAGCAGUAACGCUCACGCUGCGGCCCGACGAGUGCAGAGUCUCAUCCACGCUCUGAGCGACAGCGUCCGCCACGUCGCUCGCACUCUGAGGAACGUCCUCCACUUCCUGGUGGACAUCGGCGACAUGUGCAACGCCAAACUGGGCUCUCCGUACAGGAAGUGCCGGACACUGUUCGCAGAGGCUCGGGCCGACUGCUCCGACCUGCUGGGAGACUUCGACUUCCUGUGUGACAUCGUGGACGGCUUCCUGCCGCUGUGCAGUCUCGCCCGCGUCGGCGAGCUCUUCUGCAUCCUCCCCUCCUACAUUGCCAGCCAGUUGAAGAAACGUCUGGCAGCUCCCACCGUCGCAGCGUUUGAGCGAAUGAAGCGGGAGUUUGACUUCAACAUCUCGGCCUCGGUGACCUUUGACCUGGACGCCAACAGUAGCCGCUCGCUGCCGCAGGUGUCUCAGGACAUCAUGGAGGAGGUUUCAUCAGAGCUGCAGGUGUUUCAGAUGCUGAGCGAGCCGCUGACAUACGGCGGCCUCGUCCUGCUCUUCUGCUCCUUCCUGAGGGCGGUGCGGUACAGACGCAGGUAUCUCCGUGAGCUCGACUUUGAUAAUCACUUCAUCAGCGCUCAGUUCAAAGAGCUCGACCAACAGAUGACUUCCGGGGGCGGGGCUUCAGUCCUACCAAUCACAUGCAGAGAAGCCAAGACCUACGUCACACCACUGUCGUGGCGCCUGUCGGGCCGGGAGCAGCGGGCGGUGCUGGUGGGCGUGGCCUCGGUGCUCAGACACCUGGUGAUGGGCGGCCUGCUGGUGGCGCUGGACUUUCUGGUGUUCUGGAUGCUGGACCAGGUGCACCACCAGGUGAAGAGGGACGUCGUGGCCAGAGCCCCGGUGACUAUGACGAUGCAGGUGAACGGCUCGGGUUACGCCUCGGAUAUCUUCAGGGACCUGGUGGCGUCGUUUGACGUCCUGCAGCGAGGAAACGUCACAGUUAUCAGCAGGAAGUGUCUGCGGCCGCCGUCAGAGCCGGACCACGUCACGUGUUUCCUGCUGGGGUUCCUGUUGGGUCUGGCUCUGCUCGUCUCUCUGACCGGAGGAUUCGUGCAGCGCAGCAGACGACUCGUCUGUGCUUCAUAUCAUCCAGAGAGAGAGCUGGAGAGGAUCCUCUUCCUCCGGCAGCAGAUCCUGGAUCAGAGGGGGGAGGUGGGGAGAGCCCUGAGGAGGUCUGCAGCUCGGAGCCAGGGGGGGGGAGGAGGAGGAAGAGGAGGAGGGAGUCGCCUUCACUCUCUCCUGCUGCGGUUACCUGGAGGGGUCCAACUGUCUCACCUGCUGGGUCUGUCAUCAGUGAGCUGUCUGUCCUGUGGUGAGGUGGUGAGACAGGACGAGGACAACAUGGCUGCCUGUGAUGUCCCCCAGUGUCCAGGCGUGUACUGUCGGCCAUGUUUCCACAGUUUGGGAAACACGUGUGUCGUCUGUGCGCGACCUGUGACCUUCCAGGAAGACGGCGAGGAGGAGAGGGACUCCAGCGAUGGCGAGCAGCUGAACACGACUCUCAGUGGUGACAGGAAGCUGAAGAGGAGGACUUUCUCCGUGGCAACACGCCGCACAUGGAGUGCAGGAGAGAGAACGACUGCAAAGGACUCCGAGCUGAGUGAAGCAGACAUGACGGAGCCGGGUCGGACGACAGUAACGAAUCCUUCUCCUCCACGACCUCCGUGAACCCUAAUCCUGGAAUUUGAUCAUGGACCUUGAUUCUGGACCCUGAUCCCGGACCCUGAUCCUGGUCCAAAACUGUUAAAGUUAUUAAAGCAUGAAAUGUCAAAUUACGCUGAAGUGUCCUCUGACCUCUAUCCUCUGACGGACUAUAUAAUAAUAUAAUAAUUGAAUAAUAGAAACUAGUUAUUAUAUCUAAAGGAUCUUUUAAUUUCAGAUUUUCAGAAUUUAUAUAGUUUUACAUAAUCAUUAUCUGUGUAAUAAUUAAUGUCUGUCACAUGACUUCUGUACUUGUAUUAUCUCAGAUCAUUUAUUUGAAUUGUAUCUUUUGACCUACCCUGUGAGUCCCCCCCCCCCCCCCCCUCCCCAC